AUGACCAACAACAACAAGCAAAGAUCGACAAGCAGCAUGGCAUCUCGGCCGUCGCCUCAACCCGACUCUUCUCAUCACAAUUCAAGAAUUAGUUCGGCCAUUACAGCACACAGCUCGAGAAAUGUUUCUCUUGCUGCUACUUCACGAAUGAAUUCUGCAAUCACUAUCGGUGCACCGUCAUUGGAAAACAACAACGAGAUGUCUACUGGAUCACUUCCUCCCCUCAAACAACCACCACCACAUGUAGCAAAACGAACAAGCAGAACCAAGAUGACCAUAACGCCCACACCUACACCUCCACCUAGGCAGCAUUCGGAAGACGCAGCAUCUGGUUGCCUUAAGGAAAUUAAUUGGGCUCGUAAAAAGAAAAAACGACUGAAACCAAUUAGCUCUUUUAUUGACGAGCAAGUUGAACAAUUCAAACUCAAUGAAAGUAUUCAAGCUGACAAUGAGGCAAAUACAUGUUUCAUGACGGAAAUGCAUAUCACUUCACCGGAUAAAUCAAAAACCCGCACCACUCAUACCCACAAUUCAAAUGAGCUCUUUGUGGAAGAUCCGUUUGAUGCUUCGGAGAGAAAUAAGGAUGUCAAGAGCGCCAUAAGUAACACAAUCAAACGAGUGAACCAAGCCAAAGAAAAACGCUACGAGUACUGGAAAAAUCCCAAUGACAACAGUUUUGUUGGCUCCCCUCUGCUGAAUAAGUUUCCAUUUCAUGAGCUGGAGUCCAGUAAUUUUCGAUUAUUAUUUAGCAAAUCUAAAGAAUUUGAUUCAAAACCAGAAUUCACUAGAGAACGAUUGGAGAAGGUUUUUGCUCCCUUUAAAAUUUAUCAGAGCAGCAAAACUAAUUUAACAUCUGACAUUUCGCUUUUAAAUAAUGUUGAAGAACAUGGCGAAAAUCAGCAAGAGACUAGUGCGAAAAAAGUAGCACCUAAAAUGGUGGCUGACAAAAAAUUUGAGGAAAGAAUUGAUGACGAAUUAAGGAAGAGUGACAUACAGUUUAAGGACCUUUUUCAAAAAGCUCAUCAUGUUGUUGCUAGUGGAAGAGUUCAAGGUGGAUCGUUACAAAAUCCGUUUGGAGACAUUUAUUCUAGUUAUUUCAAACAACAUCAAUCAGAAUAUGGUCAAAAGAAAUUGAAGCCAAUCACAAAAUUUGUGAACUCUGACAACUGGCGAAAUGAGUUUUUAGGAUCUCAGAUUUAUAGUCAACAAUAUUUAUUAACUGCCUUGGAUGAACGAUUUGGAAAUAGACUUUCUGUACUGCAAUCUCGUCAGAGCUUGGAAAAAAUUGCUGCCGUAUCCAUGAAACGAUCAGAAAAAUAUGCAGUCUGUGGAUUGAAUGAACCUCAAAUGAGAAAACCAACGGAUACUUCAUUGGACUCGAUGUGGGACAAACUGAAUCACACAUUGGAGAUCACGAAAAGCAAGUUUUAUCACUCUGUACUUUUUUAUAGAAGAUUAUUAUUUCACUUAGAGACGAUCAAAGUUCCCACCUCUGAGAAUGAAUAUCUCAUAAAACUAUUGGAAUCCAUAAGGAAACAUAUUAUCGAACACCCAACAGAUGAUUUAACUAAGGAGGGAAUUUUCUUCAAUAACAUUAAGCCGUUGGUACAAGAAAUGAGCAAACUCGACUCUAGAACUUCAACCAGUAACUUACUCAAAACCUCCAGACUUGAUAGUUUCUUUGGAAAUCGUGAGACUGUGCGAGUCAUUUUAUUCUUCAUCGCAGAGUUGAACAUUAAUAGCGAAGAUUUAUUUACAAAUUUUUUACAUCGGCUUCGUCUCAAACACAGCAAGGCCAUGGAUGAACUCAGAAUCAAGCUCAAGGAACGAGAAGCUCAACAACAAAAACUAAUCCGAAAAGUGGAAUUAUUUCAAGUGGAGGGAGCUGACAAGAACUUUAUCAGAGCUAUGGUAUUGGCUUUGCAGCCUCAAUCAUUUCUGGCUGGUGCUAUAAUUGUCAAAAAAGGUGAUAUUGGUAAUGAAAUGUAUUUUAUUUUGAAAGGAGUCGUAGAAGUUGUCACUGAAGAUUCUGAACCCAAAAUUAUUGCGUCUCUCGAUGAAGGCAAGUUCUUUGGAGAGGUCAGUGUUGUAUUAGAUCAAACAAGAAUGGCUACAGUUCGAGCUGGGACCGAUUGUGAUCUCUUUGUUCUCAAUAAGGAUGCCUUGAAGCGAAUUGAGGAAGAAUUCCCUGAACCUGUCGAAAAAAUCAGAGAAAAAGCCAUAGAACGAUUGAACGCUGCCAACAAGUAG